GAGAGCGAAUCCGCAGCCAGCCAAAAGCAAAAGCAGCGCUCCUCCUUGUGUCGUUUGUGGCAGCAGCAUUCAGCAGAGCAGCGACGAUUCACACAGGCAGGCAAGCAGGCAGGGCCCAUCGCAGCAAGCGCUGAAAGGAAAGAGUGUGUGUUGUUCGUUCGCCUCAUCAAACAGCCGCCAUUUUGACUUGUUCGCGACUUUGGUUUCGGUGGAAGGUUUUUUCGCUGGACCUUCCGUGGCCGAUUAUGGGUCCCGGAGUGGCACCAGGUGGGUCCGGACCGGAUUUAAUCGACGCGCGCCGACGGUCUCGUCCGAUUGAGACCAGUUCCGGGGGUAUCGCCGGUAGUGAAAUUUCCCGAAAAUUGCGUUAGAAAUUUGGUGCUCGGAUUUUCUUCUCGUCGACAGUGGAUUCGAUGGCGGUGCGCAGCGCCUGGUCGAUGUUGGCCCAAUGUUGGGCAAUUUUCACGUCGCGACGAUGGUAGAGAGCAGAAAUACGACGAAGCAGACUCUGAAAUCGAAACCAAGGCGAGGAGGGUCGCGCAUUUUGGAGGAAUCCUAUUUCUCGAGGAAUAUCCGCUAUGGACUACAUUGACCGAAAAAAAUUCCCGGACUCAAAAUGUGUUGAAAAAAUAAGUAGUGAACAAUUAAAAAAUAAAUUCUAGUGACUUUUGAACUGAAAAAUUCAAAACAAAAAUAAUUGUAAGAAUUGGACGCAAUCCCUUUUCGGGGGCCAGCUCCCCGGGGCAAAAUGUGGCCAUUCAAUGUGUUCGUUCGCCGCAGGGCAACCAAGAAGAAAAUCAAGUAAUCCAGUUAUUCAACGACGAGAAAACGGAUUGUUUAGCGGAUGAUAAAAUUCUGUGUUGUGUUUACGUUUCGCGACGUUCGUCGUCUUCUCUGCUGUUGUCAUUUUCAAAGUGUUUUAGGCGAAGUGACAGCGCUUAAUUGCGCGAAUAAAAAACAAAUCGUAUCCGAUAUUUACUUUACUCAGCUGACGAAUUGUGUCAAGACGUUUCAUAAAAAUUUGUUUACGUCGUAGUCGUCGUCGCCAUCCAGUGAUUAUUCGCGAAAAUCGUGCAUUUUUUCUCCUUAGAAAGUGUGGCACAAAACAACAAGAACGACGGCGAAGGAUUGCUUCCAGAAUCUCCGGAAGUGCUCCCGACAGUCAAAAAAAGAAGUAGAUUCAUCGUAGAAAGUUUCGGAAAAUUAGGAAAAAUAAAGCAGAGACUGUGAAUCAAGCUGAUAAGUGCGGUGGCCAAAGGCACCAAAAAAGUGUCGAAAGCCGGAAUCGCGCGUUGGCAGAACAAAAAAAAAAAAACUGAAUCACAAACCGAAAGGAUUUAGUAUCGCUUUUUGUGUGAAGACAGAAAGUGCCGUUUCCCAUCAGCGGAGUAGUGUUUUUAGUUUUGUUUCGUUCGCUCGGGCGGGAGGAGCGCAAGUGCAUUUUCUGUGCUACUUUCCUGUGUCGUGCGUUUGUUUUGUUGUAAAAUUCGACGGUGGUAAACAAUGGCCGAUCACAUGGAGGAACCGCCGAUGAAACGGGCCAAGAUGCGAGACGAAGUCAUCGCAUCGAUCGACCAGAUUCUCGAUCUGGAGAGCCACCUCCCGGACGAGCUGAUGGGCGACAACACCUGGGUCGAUGCCCUGGGCGGUGGCAACAAACCACCAGGACCGGGUCCGGGACCGCAAAUGAAUGGCGGCGACGACCCCGGGGGAACGUCCAACAUGGCCCAGCAAAUGGCGCUGCGGCAACAACAGCAGCAACUGCACCAGCAACAACAGCAGCAGCAACUGCAUCAUAUCAUGCAGCAGCAGGGUAACAAAAACAUGGCCGGUCAGCAAAUCAUCGGGAUUGGGCCGAUGGCCAACAAGAGCCCAAACCUGAUGCCGAUGAACCAGAGCAUGGCGAACAACGUGGUGGUGGGCUCGAUGGGCAGCGGGGCAAUGCUGGGAAUGAACAACAUCGCGCAGAACAACGGAGCUGGUGCGAUUAUGACGAACGCCACCAUGGGUCUGAGCGGAGGAGUGAUGACCGGCGGUGGAAUUGUGAUAAACAACAACAUGAAGCCAGGUGGACCGAAUCCGGGCCUGAUGCAUCAAUUGCCAAACGCGAUGCAGAACGGACCGUUGAAUAAUCCAGGCCGAAUAGGAAUGCCAGGUCAGCCAGGACAGCACAUGGCGCGGGGGCCUGGGCAUAUGAAUCAAGGCUUAAGGAAUCUGAUGCAGAACCACAACGUUGUAGGAAUGGGAAACCAAAUGAAUCAAAUUGGACCGGGAGGACCCUUCGGGGGCUACCAGCAGCCGAAUGUUAGUGUAAUGAAUCCAGGAGGAAUAGCACCGGUACGGGUAUCUCCGCCAACGAUUAACAGGAUGCCCAACAUGGCGAUGGCCGGAGCGAGGAUGGGAAAUCCCCUCGGGGGUAAUAUCAUGCCAGGAGCAGGGAUAGGAAUGAAUGUAGUCAAUGAAGGAGGAGUAGCCGCGCAGGCGCAACCUCCUACUCCUUCACCGGCGCAACCGCAAUCGGGAAUACCAACGGCCGCUAUCAGGCCUCAAUCAGCUACUCAGAACCAGCCAAUGAAUCAAAUGAAUCCGACAGGUCCGGUGGGAGCUGCCGGAGUAACUCCCGGCACGGCCGGGCAGCAACCAGGCCCAGCUCAAAGUGGCUCCGGUUACCAAUUGCUUGCGGAUCCGGAAAAGAAAAAACUCAUCCAGCAGCAGCUGGUGCUACUGCUGCACGCUCACAAAUGUCAACGAAGGGAGGCGGAGAACCCCAACAACAAUAAUUGUGCCCUGGCACACUGUCGGACGAUGAAGGAAGUCCUGAAGCACAUGCAAUCCUGCCAACUGGGGAAGAACUGUCCCAAAACGCACUGUUCCUCGUCGCGACAAAUCAUCAACCAUUGGAAGACCUGCGCUCGACAGGACUGUCCGGUUUGUUUACCUCUGCGGGAUACCAACAAGUACAAGCAGGGCCCACAACAACCCGGACAGCAACAACAGAAUCAACAACAACAGCAAGCGCAGCAACAACAGCAACAAAACCAGCAAAAUCAACAAAACCAACUAAAGAACCAAUUGCAGCAGGGUGUCGGACAGGAUCCUAACCAACAGCAGCAACAGCCCGGUCAGCCAGGGCAAGUUCAACUCGGACAGAUGCCCGGACAGUUCAAUCAACUUGGUGGAAAUCAAGUCCAGUGCCCGUCCUCUACGGCACCGAAUGCGAUGGGCGGCAAUAUUCAGAUGCCUCCGCAGGUGGCCGGUGGCAUGCCUGGUCAACAACAGCAACCGCAACCCGGUGGCCCUGGAAUGGUCGGCGGCAUGCGAAGUAUGCCAUUGGGUGCCAACCAACCUCAAGGAGCCGUGCGAAUGAUGAUUCCUCCCAAUCAGAUGAUGAACAACGUACUCCCGAAUGCCACCAGUGAUGCCUCUAGUGUUGGUCCAGGGGGUGGACUUCCUAUCACCAGCCAAGCUCCAGGUGGAUCAAACCAAAGCAACCAAGUAACGCAGAUGGCUGCCGCCCUUCAGCAACAGCAGCAACAACCGAACGCUCAGCUGCAACAGCAGCAGCAAGGGCAGAAUCAAUCUCAAAAUAUCAUUCCAUUACCAGGCAAUGUCUUGUUCAAUCAGGACGGCCAAGGUCCAGUUCAGCAACAGCAGCAGCAACCCGGUGGAGCCAAUGCCGGCGGACCUGCUGGCGCUGGGGGCAACUUCCCGGCCAACCAGAUGAUCGCUGCUCCAGUGCAAGGCACCAAAGAUUGGCACCAUUCCGUAACGCCUGAUCUCCGAAAUCACCUCGUCCAUAAGUUAGUUCAAGCCAUCUUCCCAUCACCUGACCCCUCGACUAUGUUCGACAAGCGCAUGUACAACCUGGUGGCGUACGCGAAGAAGGUCGAAGGAGAUAUGUACGAAAUGGCAAACUCCCGGUCGGAAUACUAUCACCUGCUGGCGGAGAAGAUCUACAAAAUCCAGAAGGAGUUGGAGGAAAAACGGCAAAAGCGAAAAGAACAGCAAAUGCAGCAACAACAACGGCAAGCGGAAGCGCAACAGCAGCUCCAGCAACCGGGUGGAAACGCUCAAAUCCGACCCAUGAAUCCAAAUCAAGCUCCGGGAAUGAUUGGUCCAAACAUGGGGGCCAACAACGUCAUGCAGAUGCCGCGUCAAGUUGGACCAAACAUGCUGAACCAGAACAACCUCAUGCAACAGAAUCGAAUGCAAAUAAACGCCGGACAGCAACCUCAGCAGCAGCUCUUCGUCUCUCAGCCUGGACCAAGUCCAAACAGCUUGGGACAACAGCAGCAAACGGUGCAACCGGGCGGUCUGUCUCCGUUCACGUCGCAACAGCAAGGAAUGAACAAUCACCCGCCAGGAAUGACGCCGCCAUCAUCGCAGCAAAAUGCCUCCCAAUUCAUGAAUGGUCCCUCCAUUGCCGACAGUUCACCAAGUGGGUUACAGCAAUUCGAUGCCAUCAUGAAGGCAAAGUGGGCCAACGGCGGUCAAGGUGCAGUGGCAGUUCCUACACCUCAAGGGAACUCCAUGGCCGGGUCCACCGGUGGCAUGAACCAAACCGUCACACCUCCCAUCCCAUCACCCUUCGGUAGCAGUGGGUCCAACUCCAUGCAGCCGAAUAACAACACAUUCAACGGCAACCAAAUGAUGAGCAACAACUGUUCAAACAAUGCUCAACAGCAGAGGAAUAGCCUGGGUCAAAUGCCGACCACCCCAACCAGCGGCGGAGAUCUCAUGAGCUCCGCCGGAAACAGUGUUCCAAUUCCGUCGCCUUCACCAAGCUUAACUCCAAAUGGACCGAUUCCGCCUCCACCCGUGAGCACUCCAAAUACGCCGAAUGUGUCGGCGUUGAUUGCUUCCGUGCCGGAACCGACCCCUCCACCUCCAAUCUCGUCACCCAUCCCGAUCUCGACGCCACCUGCCAUGGGCGCCCUAUCCAACAACAGUAGCAUGCCAGCGACGACAUCUGCUGCUUCCGUAACCAGUACAGCGUCUAGCGGGCCUACGACUACGACGACGGCUUCCUCUGGAAGUACUGGCAGCACAACGCCAUCUUCAUCCAUCACACCUUCCACCACCACCAUCACCAGCAGCAGUACCGUUAAUCGUUCCUCAUCGUCGUCACUGAGCUCUCAAAUGGCCGCCCUGGAAGCAGCAGCGCGGGACCAGGACGAAGACUCCCAGCCGGGCAUUGCAAACACGUCUGGAAACGAAUCCAGCGCCAAGGGCGGCAAACUGGAGCUGAAACAGGAACAGGACAUCAAAUCCGAACCGGACAUCAAUCAUAUGGACACGUCGGACAGCGGCUCCGGAGCGGGCGCCGGUGGUGGCAAAAGCGUCAACAACGACAACUGCCCCAGCAUCAAGCAGGAAAUCAAGACUGAACCCAUGGAUACGAACGAGAGCCAGGAUGGAACCGAGCAGGGCCGUUGCGGCGGCAGUAGCAAGCUGGACCUGGUCAAGUGCAAGGACGAACCGAUGUCGCCUUCGAGCGGGAGCGUUAGCAGUGCUACCGUCAAUGCAGUGGUUAAAAGCGAACCGAAGGUCUUUCCCGAACCGAUCCAGUCGGAUCCGGCCGACAGCAAGAAGAAGUGCUCCUUCAAACCGGAAGAACUGCGUGAAGCGCUUAUUCCCACGCUGGAAAAACUCAAUGCGCAGGAGCCGGAAUCGAUGCCGUUCCGCAUGCCGGUGGAUCCGACGACGUUGGGCAUUCCGGACUACUUCGAAAUUGUGCGGAAACCGAUGGACAUUAGCACGAUCCGAAAGAAGCUGGACUCCGGCCAGUAUUCGGACCCGUGGGAAUACGUGGACGACGUGUGGCUCAUGUUCGACAAUGCGUGGCUGUACAACCGGAAGACGUCCCGCGUCUAUCGGUACUGCACAAAGCUGUCGGAAGUGUUCGAGCAGGAGAUCGAUCCGGUGAUGCAAUCGCUGGGUUACUGCUGUGGUCGGAAGUAUACCUUUAAUCCCCAGGUGCUGUGCUGCUAUGGCAAGCAGCUGUGCACAAUCCCGCGGGAUGCCAAAUACUACAGCUACCAAAAUCGAUCUUUUGGACCGCUAUCUACCAGAUAUACGUACUGCCAGAAGUGUUUCAACGAUAUCCCAGGCGACAUGGUGACCCUCGGGGACGAUCCGUUGCAGACCCAAACUCAAAUCAAGAAGGACCAGUUCAAGGAGAUGAAGAACGAUCACCUGGAGCUGGAGCCGUUCGUCAUGUGUUUGGACUGCGGCCGGAAGCAGCACCAAAUCUGCGUUCUCUAUUUGGAGUCCAUCUGGCCGGGUGGUUUCGUGUGCGAUAACUGCCUCAAGAAGAAGGCCUCCAAGCGGAAAGAGAACAAGUCUAACGCCAAGCGGUUACCUACGUCCAAGCUGGGCACCUACAUCGAAACCAGGGUCAACAAUUUCCUCAAAAAGAAGGAGGCUGGUGCCGGAGAGGUGCACAUCCGGGUUGUGUCCAGUUCGGACAAAAUUGUCGAAGUCAAACCGGGCAUGCGAAGUCGGUUCGUCGAGAACGGCGAAAUGUUGCCGGAGUUUCCGUACCGGGCGAAGGCCCUGUUCGCCUUCGAAGAAGUCGACGGCAUCGACGUAUGCUUCUUCGGUAUGCAUGUGCAAGAGUACGGUUCGGAAUGCGCCGCACCCAACACGAGGCGAGUCUACAUUGCCUAUCUGGAUUCGGUGCACUUUUUCCGACCGCGACAAUACCGUACCUCGGUUUACCACGAGAUUCUCCUGGGCUACAUGGACUACGCCAAGCAGCUCGGCUACACGAUGGCUCACAUCUGGGCGUGUCCCCCGUCUGAAGGCGAUGACUACAUCUUUCACUGCCAUCCACCGGAGCAGCGAAUCCCUAAACCGAAACGCCUCCAGGAGUGGUACAAGAAGAUGCUCGACAAGGGCAUGGUCGAGCGGACCAUUCAGGACUACAAGGACAUCCUCAAGCAGGCAAUGGAGGACAAGCUGCAGUCCGCGUCGGAGCUGCCGUACUUUGAAGGUGAUUUCUGGCCCAACGUGCUCGAGGAAAGCAUCAAGGAGCUGGACCAGGAGGAAGAGGAAAAGCGCAAGCAAGCAGAACGCGAGGAGGCCGCUGCCAAUAUCAUGUCCAUGAACGAUGACAGCGACACCGGCGUGGACGGCAAGAAGAAGGGCGGCCAGAAGAAGGCGAAAAAGUCGAACAAAUCGAAGGCGGCCCAGCGCAAGAACAACAAGAAAAGCAACGACCAAAGCGGGAACGAUCUCAGUGCGAAGAUCUUCGCCACCAUGGAGAAGCACAAGGAGGUGUUCUUUGUGAUUCGGUUGCAUUCGGCGCAGUCGGCAGCCAGUUUGGCGCCCAUCCAAGAUCCGGAUCCGCUCAUCAAUUGUGACCUGAUGGACGGCCGCGAUGCCUUCCUCACGCUAGCGCGCGAUAAGCACUUUGAGUUCUCGUCGCUUCGUCGAGCCCAGUUCAGUACCCUGUGCAUGUUGUACGAGCUGCACAACCAAGGCCAGGACAAGUUCGUCUACACGUGCAAUCACUGCAAGAACCACGUCGAGACGCGGUACCAUUGCACCGUGUGCGACGACUUCGACCUGUGUCUCACCUGCAAGGAAAAGGUCGGCCAUUCGCAUCCCAUGGAGAAGCUGGGAUUCGACCUGGACGACGGUUCAUCGCCGACGGACAUCAAGCAGACCAACCCGCAGGAAGCCCGCAAGCAGUCCAUCCAGCGGUGCAUCCAAUCGCUGGUGCAUGCUUGCCAGUGUCGCGACGCCAACUGUCGCCUGCCAAGCUGUCAGAAGAUGAAACGGGUGGUGCAGCACACGAAGCACUGCAAACGGAAGACGCACGGCGGUUGUCCGAUUUGCAAGCAGCUCAUUGCGCUGUGCUGCUACCACGCCAAGCACUGCCAGGAGGCUAAGUGCCUGGUACCGUUCUGCCCGAACAUCAAGCACAAGCUGAAGCAGCAACAGCUACAGCAAAGGCUACAACAGCAACAACUAUUGCGGCGUCGUAUGGCAGUUAUGAAUACAACUCGAGUGGGAGCCCCAACGCAAUCGAUGGUGCCGAGUGGUGCCAGUUCGCUGCCCGGAACCAGUGGGCCGCCGAGUGCUGGUGCAGGAGGCAUGAGUCCGGUGGGCCCGAACGGAAUGGGUGGUGCCGGUGGUGCAGGUGGAAUGGGUCCCAGUGGAAUGACCGGUGGUCCCGGAAGUGUCGGAUCGGUAGGAUCCGCUGGUGCAGGCGCCGGCGGAGGCAUGGUCGGUCCGGGCAGUGUAGGUCCCAUCGGAACCCCAGGUGGGAUGAGCCCGUCGGCCGCGCCAAGUCCGGUGUCGCAAAUUGGCGGCAUGGGCAGUCCACAUCCGCCGGGCUUGGCUAUAAAACAGGAAGCUCAACCACCGCCCAAUGUGAUGCAAGCGUUGAAGCAGGUUCAGGAGGAAGCGGCGAGACAGCAGGCACCUCACGCCAGCUUUGGAAAAGUGAACCCAGGUGGAAGUCAAAUGCCGCCGCCGGUGAUGCAGCGGGCGAUGGCAGCCGGUGGACACAUGGGUGGAGUCGGCGGAGUGUCGGGAGUUACAGGAAUGGGCGUUCCCAAUCAACAGCAACCGGGUGUCGUUGGUGGCGUUCCGAUGGGAGCCGGUGGCCCCGUUGGUGCCGGUGGACAAAACGUGAUGAGUCAGAUGGAUCAGUGGGGUAACCCCCGGUAUCCGAACGCCGGUGGGCAGCAGAAUCCUCCGGGAAUGAGGCCGAAUCUGCCCGGCAUGAUGCAGGGCCAACAGCAGCCGCAGCAACCGAAUCCGAUGCAGGGUGGCAUGAUGGGUGCCGGCGUGGGUGGAAGCCAAAUGAUGGGCGGAAUGCGACCGGGACCGGGUGGCGUUUGUAUACAGGGCCCCGGUGGAAUGGUUGCCAAUCCGCAGCAGGUCGGUCAACAGCAGGGUCAACCAUCGCAGCUUCAACCAAAGGCUGCGAUAGCCCAGCUGAUGACCGCACUAAAGAACCCGUCGGCCGGUCCAGAGCAGCAUCAACAGUUGAUGUCAAUACUGAAAGCCAACCCACAGCUAAUGGCGGCGUUAUUCAAGCAGCGGCAGCAAACGGCUCAGAAUCAGCAGAACCAGAACCAGGGUGGAAUGCCCCAACAACAACAACAGCAGCAGCAGCAGCAACAACAACAGCAGCAACCUCACAAUGUUAUGCAGCAUGCGGGUGCUGGCGGUGUCCAGGGCCAACAGCAAGGCGGUCCGGGUCAAGGACCCGCCGGAAUGCCAUACAAUCCUGCGGCGGCUGGUGGCCCUAUGGGUCCCAACCGUAUGCAAGGCGGUGUCCAGGGCAUGGCUGGCGGUGGAAAACCCGGAGGGGGUAACCCGCAGAUGCAGAUACCGAUUCAACAGCAAAUGUGGUACAAACAGCAACAGCAGCAGCAGCAACAACAGCAGAUGAUGCUGCAGCGACAGCUGGCGAUGGGCGGUGGCAACAUGCAGCCGGCUCCUCCGUACCAGCAACGACCUCGACCUCAGCAGCAGAUGGGCGUUGGCGGUUACGGCCAAGGUGGUAUGUUCCCUGACCAGCAGCAGUACAUGCAGCAAGGAAUGAAACCAAACCCGGGCCAGCAGGGUGGCGGAGUGGGCGUCAAUGUGCUCUCUCAGCAGCUCCAGCAGGGUCCCGGGGGCCAAGUGAUGGGUCCUCCGACCCCGCAGCACACGAUGCAGCAGCAGCUGAUGCAAACCGUGCGAUCGCCGCCCCCGAUUCGAUCUCCUCAACCGCAGCCAUCUCCGCGGGCCGUUCCGUCGCCGAGGGCACAACCGUCGGCGUCGCCCCGGGCGCAACCAUCACCACACCAUUUGCCUUCCCAUUCGCCAGCGCCGGCCGGUCCCGGUGGUGAAAUGCACAAUCACAUGCACCCGCAUCAGUCACCGGUUGGCGUCGGUCCCGGGGGCGGUGCCGGUGGCCCGGGCGAUCCCAACCAAAUGGGACCGGGUGGACCCGGUGCCGGUGGUCCCAACGAUACCAGUCCACUGACCGCGCAGGAUCAGCUUACCAAAUUCGUCGAGCAGUUGUAGUAGUAUCAUGUCUACUAGCAGCAGGGACCUUAGAAGCUCGACUGCAGCCUUAUUACCUUUUUACCACUCAACAGACAGAAUCAGCAACAUAUUGGAUGUAAGUAAAAAUGGCAUCGACCUUCUGUAGUAAUAACUUUGCUAAGAUGUAAAAACAAAAACUCAAUGUAAAUAUGAAGAAAUCUUUAAACCCAAAACAAAAAGUAAGUUCUAAUUUAGAGACCAUACCAAUUGUGGAAGAGUAUGCUUAAUUUUUUAGCAGCAAUCUAGGAGGACGCAAAGAUUUGCGCUUCGGCACAUAGACAGUUAUUUAUUUCCCGCUCCCUUUGAAGUAAUUCGAUAGAGAGUUAAAGAUAAAAAAAAAUCAAGAAUCAAAUUCUAACACAGAAAAAAAAACCAAUGAACUCUAUCAUCAUUAUUAUCAUUAUCGUCAGUAUCAUUACGCUGGUAAACAAAACAAAUACAAAAGGGGAGUGAGCGAACGUGGUGCGCGUCUAUUAAACUGUAAUAGUGAAUGUUGAUUGUGAUGUAUGUACGCUACAUUCGUCGGUUUAGUUAGUUAGUUAGUUAGUUAGUUAGGGCAUCAGCUACCCCUAUCUUAUCAUCCACAAGCCGGAACUAGGUUAGGUUAGGAGUUGUAAUAAAAGGAAAAACAAACAAAAAUUAUGAUCAGAAUAAAUAAAGGAUAAAAAAAACUUACGAGGAUUGAAAAAAAAAUCGAAAACAAAAACAAAAAAAAAGCUACUCUUUUCUCAAUGCUCCGUGAAGAUUGCUUGUUGGAAAUGACGGAACGGAAGUGGCGAUCCGUUUUUGUUUUUCGAUAUGAAACUGUGCCGUUAGAAUAGGUGGAGAUGCUGGGUACGCGGUGGAGAUUAUUGGACGGGGCGGAGACUUCGAUAGGUACUAUUUAGGGGGUAAGACAGGAAGACGACAAGCGAGAAGCUGAUAAAAAGUAUAACACAAAUGUAGAAAAAAUGUAUAAACAACUUUAGUAUUGUUUUUUUUUGUUCUUAUGAAUUAUUUCGUUUAGUUGUGGUUUGAACAAAGUUUCGGAAUCAAUCAGUGAUAGUGUUUUCUGUGUGAGAAUUAGGCUGCGUGGCGGAGAUAGAAUUUCCUGUUGUGUUCCUUUCCGAGUCUGGAUGUGUCGUUGACUAAAAAGCUGGUUGAAUUCGCUAUUCAAAAUUUUUCAUUUCGAAACUACUUCCAAUAAUUCGAGUUGUUUAAAUAUAUGGAUUUGAAUAGAAGAAGCCUUUUCUUCACUGAUUGCACAACUAACGAUUGCUCGAAUAUCUCGUUAAACAUACAUCCGAAUUCUAAAGGGGCUACCCCGUUUGGCAUGAUGAUCGAUUGACAUAACUCGUAUGCAGUGUCAAAAAUUAACGCCGUUUGGCAUAAUAGCCAUUUAGCAUAAUUCGUAUGCGGUGCCUAAUUUAAAGCCAUUUGGCAUAAUUCACAUCAGUCUUCGCAUAGAUGGGGCAUAACUCACGGGGCUAUCCCGUUUGGCACAAUCGUCAUUUGGCAUAAUGGUCGUUUGGCAUAACGCAAUUAUUUUCAAUAAUCAUAUUCUAUACGCAACUUAAAGCUGGACUUCACCAUAGACUUCUUGAUGUAGACAAUAAAGAAGACGCAUGCUUUCAAAGAAGGCUUCAUCAACUCUUGCAUUAUUCCGAGCAAUCGCGUAGUUUUAAAGAAGGAAUGAUCUCCUUUUUUGCAUUGCUCCGAACAAACGCGUGAAGGCAUCAUCAACUCUUUUGCAUUAUAAAAGGAGGCAUCAUCAACUGUUUUGCAUCAUCGUGAGCAUUUAUUUCGGGCACAUGCGUACCUUUAAAGAAGGAGUCAUCUACUCUUUUGCUUCAUCCCGGGCAAAUGCAUACUUUUAAAGAAGGAGUCAUCUACUCUUUUGCUUUAUCUCGGGCAAAUGCGUGCUUUUAAAGAAGGAGUCAUCUACUAUUUUGCCUUAUUCCGGGCAAAUGCACACUUUUAAAGGAGUCAUCUACUCUUUUGCUUCACCUCGGGAAAAUGCGUGCUUUUAAAGAAAGAGUCAUCUACUCUUUUGCCUUAUUCCGGACACAUGCGUACUUUUAAAGAAGGAAUCAUUUACUCAUUUGCCUUUUCAGGCAAUCUUUUCCUAUAUUCCGGGAGUCAUCUUUUCUAAAAAUGGAAACCAUAUAUUCUUACGAUUAACCUUUUUUGUGCCAAAUGGUCGUUAUACCUAAUGGCCCAUUGUAUUUGAUACAUCUUUUCAAUGAUUAUGCCAAAUGGCCUCGAGGUACCCAGUAAAUUAUGCCAAAUGGCCUUUAGACAUUUAAGUCGUUAUUCCAAAUGGCAUUAUACCAAACGGCAUUAUGCCAAAUAGCAUUAUGCCAUAUGGGCCUCCCCUCCAAUACCUUAUGCUAAAUGGCCCUUCAGACAUUUAACUCGUUAUGCCAAAUGACAUUAUGCCUUAUGCUAAACGGCAUCAUGCCAAUUGGCCUUCCCCCGCAUGUAGGGCCAAACUACCCUUUUAGAACAGCAUGUAAAUUAUGCCAAAUAGCUUUCUAUACCACAUUGUAUGUAGAGGUGUUCAAAAUCUAUCAUGCCGCUGAUCUAUACUUUCUCACGCCAGUUAAUAUUCCGAAAAAGUUGCCGAUGAAAUAUCGAAUAAUUUUCCGAGGAAACUUAGAAGAAUUUUCGGAGGGAAUUGCAAAGAAUUUAAAGAUUUUUCUGAAGAAUUUCUAAAAAAAAAUUGCGAAGAAAUUGCCUAUAACAUUUGAAAAACAUUUUAUAUUUCAAUUUUAAAAAGAUUGUUUGGUGACGUCUUCAUUUACGCCUUUCAUGAUGCGAACACGACGUUCGAAAUUUCAUAGCGCCAUGAAAAUCGUCAGCAAUAAAAGUCAUCAAUACGAUUACGAUUUCCAAAGCCAAAACCUGUCUAAACGUUCUUCCACAACGAUUAAAAAUGUUUUAAAUUCGAACGAAUGUUCUGUUCGAAAUGCAAGGCUUCUUAUUUUCGUUCGUUCGAGGGCCGAAAUCCGUACGAAUGUUGCUUUUCAAUGAAAAUAAGCGGUAUUUGAGAUAUUAUUUUUUUUUUGGCACGGAAGAAUUGUUCUACCUUUUCUGGGUCAGUAUUUUUUACGUCCGGUUGCGCUUUCGUUGACACUGAAAAAAAAGAAGAAGGGAUUUAAAUAAAUAGGUCUGAAGAUUCAGUCCGCAAAUUUCAAACCAAAUCAGUUCAGUAGGUGCUUUUAAGGGAAUUAUUCAAAUGAUUGAGAUGAUUGAGAGUCCAUCUUACAAUACGAACGGUAACGGCUGUGUUCGGAAGUUUAUUCGUUUUGCCUCCACGCCAAACUGAAUUCAUUUUUUGGUACUGAAUAUGAAGAAAUCUUUUGAAUAGCGAAAUCGUACAGUUAUCAGACACUCAUGAAUCGGUUUGAGACUCAUACGCUCAUACUCUUGUUUCCGUGUUCGAAUACUCUUUCGAACGUAAGUUGACAAAAAAUGAUUCGAACGUUCGAAAGCAUUGUUCGUCCGUAAACAAGAACACCGAUGACGAACACACAAACACGCGUGCACCCCUCAAAUAAGUGUAAUAUUUAAUCUAAUUAUUGUUUCAAGUAAAACAAAAUUUAUGGAACAAAACAAAUCCGCGAAAUUAUUCGAAAAUGGCUGUGCUCCGAUAGAGGCGGGUGCCGCUGUGUGGUCACUGAUUUGCGCAUGAGAUUUGUGAUAUCCUCUCACUCCUAUUGCUGCUCUGGUGGAAAAUGCGAAACAUUCGAACGGCAAUUUGUUCGACAGUUGCACAUUUGGCGUUCACGGAUCCGACUGCGGAUUCGAACGGCAUAAAUGGAUUCGUUUGUAAUUUGCAAAUUGCCUUCAACAAGAAUAGGAGGGAAGAUUCGAAAUCAAAUCAAUGUAAAUAGCUUUGUUCGGGUCAACUUUUCCGAUUCACCAAACUUGUUAUGUGUAAAAUUUAUUUAAUGUUUAUAGUUUUUUUGUGUUGCCCAAUUAGUUAUCCACAUAGUUUAAGUAUAGAUUUUUAUUUCUUUCCAUUAGUAGUGGAAAACCUUCGUAAGAUCUCUCUUUAUUGAAUAGUUUUAUAUCGAGAUAAAAAAAUGAAGUUGCCUCAUUAUCUCCAUCUAAAUCAUUUGGAUGGAAGCAACAUUUUUCGGACGCGAGUUUCUGCCAGAAUCUCAAUCUGCAACAGGCUCGAGAGGGGAUUAUUGAAUGUAUAUGUAGUACCAAGGCUGGGAGGCGGCCUUCCCAGUCGGGGCGCGCCGGGCGACGUUCCCCCCAUCCGACAGGCUGUGUCGGAGUCCCGCCCGCGCGAGACUACCCAUCGCUACCAAACAGAGUGUAGUGUUCGAAAGCAAACCGGUUCUUCGUCAAGUAUUAAUAUAUUUAAUUAGUUUUUAAUUGGUUCUUUCCUGGUCCCCGCAAAAGAAAAAAAUGCUUUAUAGUACGUUUUUGUAUAGAGAAGAUCGAGGGAUGGGAUGGGCGCACAGGCAAACCCAGUAUGUGCGUGGUUCAGGUGUGGCAACGACACAGUCAAAAACACACACACACACUUAUAUAAAUAUUCUAAGAAUAUAUUUGAGAAACUAAAAGAAUGCAUAGAGGAAGACGCAAUUUUACCCCACACUGAGCGAAAUUGUUGUUUUAAAUAUCCAAGAGUAGUUAAUCAAUUCAGUGUAAAAGUGCAACAGUCGCAAACAGUGGCGGCAACGGCUUUUUAUGGACGGUGAAACGAUUCACACUCAAAAAACCAACGCGGAGUUGAGCCUCAAGCGAGAUAUUUUUAAAUAAAUUUGAUUAAAAAAAAUGUAUAAAGCUAGCCUAGCCCAUCAGUUCUGUAGUUAGAACACAAAUGGGAACUGAGUUAGGGAAACAGUUACUAAGCAAACGGUUCAUGUUUUGUCUUUAAUUUAUUUUAGAUUUAAGGCAAAUCUAGACGUAAGUGUCUGUAUAAAAACCAGAGUAAACACACACCCACACCCAUACUUCUUACACUAAUUAUACGACUUAUAUGUAAGAAACUUUGAUAUAAAACAAAUAAACAGAAACUGAUGCUUGCGAGACAGUGUUUCAAUCACCCAAUGGACAUAAAACAGGAACGGCAUCGUGUAUUGAAUGAAAUCAUCCUCACCUAGGCAACACUCGACUCAAGCAAGAAGCACGAAGCACGCCGCAAGCUGAUAGGGAAAUAGAAAACGAUGAGUAUAAUAAGCAAAACAAGUACAUAUUUUGUUUGAGUGUAUAAAAGCAAGUAGAAUAAAACAGGAACGAAAAACAUAAAAACUGAAAAAAAAAACAAACACAAUGCGCAAUGUAUCUUAUUUUAGAGCAAAUGUUUGAGCGAACUGGGAAGGAAAAAAAUUGGCUCACGUGAGUGUAGAUUAGGACGGGCCAGACCGUGAGUAGCAGAAUGAUAUAUGGAUGAAAGAGGUGACGAAAUGUAACCCGCAGUAGUACGGAGAGGCAGGCAUAAUGCAGCGUUUAGUAAUUUAAAUAAAAGCAGAAAAAAAAAUAAAAGAGUAAAAGAAACUAGGCAACAUACUAUUAUUAAAUAUUAUCAUUAUUAUUAUUAUUAUUAGUGCGGAUUAAUGCAAGCAUAUAAUUCACUAUUGAUAAUAGAGGAGAUACAAGAGCGGUAACGAAGAUGCAAGGAAAGAAACGGCUACCCGAAAAUAGUAAGCGAAAAUCCAAAAGGACAAACAAAACUAUAUUUGAAUGUAUAAAGUAAAUGAAAAACAAGAAAAUCUAUUGAAAAUAAAAAAUAAUUAUAUAAAAAAA